UCCUGGAAAGCUCCAGACAGCCCUGGAAAGCACGAAAUCUCGCGACAGCUCCCUGCGAGAGUUCCGCUGGCCACCUUGCGACAGCAGCAGCCACAGUAGACCGCACACUCGCCGGCUUUCGGACCGUGGCAGCGUGGAUUAUGACCAGAAGUAGCCCGACCUAACGAGGCGACACUUCCACUCCAUCGAACCUCAUUGAAAAGCGACGCCUUAUUUAUCCUCUGCUGUUGUUGACGGAAUCGCUGGAACCUAAAGAUGUCAGUGGUGGGUUUCGACUUGGGCUUUCAAAGCUGCUAUGUAGCUGUAGCCCGAGCUGGAGGCAUCGAGACGGUUGCUAACGAGUACAGCGACAGAUGCACGCCGUCUUUUGUGUCGUUUGGACAGAGAAAUCGUUCUAUAGGAGCAGCAGCCAAGAGUCAGGUUGUGACCAACUGUAAAAAUACUGUGCAAGGCUUCAAGAGAUUCCAUGGCAGAGCUUUUGCCGACCCUUACAUUCAGUCAAACAAGUCUAACCUGGUGUACGACCUUGCGCAGCUGCCAUCUGGGUCCACCGGGAUAAAGGUAAUGUACAUGGACGAGGAGCGAUUGUUCAGCAUCGAGCAGGUCUCCGGAAUGCUGCUGACCAAACUAAAAGAGACUGCCGAAAAUGCGCUCAAGAAACCUGUGGCAGACUGCGUCAUCUCUGUGCCCAGCUUCUUCACGGACGCAGAGAGAAGGUCGGUGAUGGACGCGGCCCAGAUCGCGGGACUCAACUGUCUACGACUCAUGAAUGACACCACUGCAGUGAGUUUGGCUUAUGGGAUCUACAAGCAGGACCUGCCAGCUCCGGAGGAGAAACCCAGGAACGUGGUGUUUGUGGAUUUGGGCCACUCUGGGUACCAGGUUUCAAUUUGUGCCUUCAACAAGGGGAAACUGAAGACGAUGGCCACAGCAUUUGACCCCGACCUGGGUGGGAAGGACUUUGACGACAUCCUGGUCAGCCACUUCUGCGAAGACUUCAGGACCAAGUACAAGCUGGACGUGAAGUCGAAGCCGCGAGCGCUGGUGCGGCUCUACCAGGAGUGCGAGAAGCUCAAGAAGCUGAUGAGUGCCAACUCCUCCGACCUCCCGCUGAACAUUGAGUGCUUCAUGAAUGACAUCGACGUCUCCAGUAAACUCAACAGAGGUCAGUUUGAGGAGAUGUGUGCGGGGCUCCUGGCCAAAGUGGAGGGUCCCCUGCGCAGUAUCAUGGAGCAGACCAAAAUGAAGAAGGAGGACAUCUAUGCGGUGGAGAUUGUGGGCGGAGCCUCUAGAAUCCCUGCCAUCAAAGAGAGAAUCAGCAAGUUUUUCGGCAAAGAACUGAGCACCACUCUGAACGCAGACGAGGCAGUAGCCAGAGGCUGCGCACUGCAGUGUGCAAUCUUGUCACCGGCGUUCAAAGUCCGGGAGUUCUCCAUCACUGAUGUUGUCCCUUACUCCAUCUCUCUGAAGUGGAAUUCGGCUGCUGAGGAGGGACUGAGCGACUGCGAGGUUUUCCCGAGGAACCACGCGGCGCCUUUCUCCAAAGUGUUGACGUUCUACCGUAAAGAGCCCUUCACCCUGGAGGCCUACUACAACAACGCCAAAGAGCUGCCCUACCCCGGCACCGCCAUCGGCCAGUUUCUCAUCAAGAACGUGGUUCCUCAAGCAUCUGGCGAGUGCGCUAAGGUGAAGGUCAAAGUUCGCGUCAACAUCCACGGCAUGUUCAGCGUGUCCAGCGCUUCGCUGGUGGAGGUCCUGAAGUUAGCGGAGGGAGACGAGCCGAUGGAGACUGACCAGACGGGGAAAGAAGAGGAGAACAAGAUGCAGGUGGACCAGGAGGAGCAGAAACCUCAGACCUUAGACAACGGAGACAAGAAGUCUGAGAAUGAGGAGAUGGAGACUGCGACGGAAGAUGGAAAGCAGGACAAGAAGAACGACCAGCCUCCUCAGGCGAAGAAGCCCAAAGUGAAAACGAAGACGGUGGAGCUUCCCGUGGAGGGCACUCUACACUGGCAGCUGUCCACCGAUGUGCUCAAUCUGUUUGUGGAGAAUGAGGGGAAGAUGAUCAUGCAGGACAAGCUGGAGAAGGAGAGGAACGACGCCAAGAACAACGUGGAAGAGUACGUGUACGAGAUGAGGGACAAACUGCACGGAGUCCUGGAGAAGUUUGUGGCUGAAUCUGAUCGAGAUGCGUUCUCAUUAAAACUGGAGGACACUGAGAACUGGCUGUAUGACGAAGGAGAGGACCAGCAGAAGCAGGUUUACAUCGACAAACUGGCCCAACUGAAGGAAGUCGGUCAGCCCAUCUGUGACCGCUACAUGGAGGCGGAGGAGCGGCCGAAAGUGUUUGAGGACCUGGGUAGACAAAUCCAGAUGUACAUGAAGAUCAUUGAAGCCCACAAGGCCAAGGACGAGCAGUACGAUCACCUGGACGAGCUCGAGGUGACUCGGGUGGACAAGCUGGUGAACGACGCCAUGGUGUGGAUGAACACCAAGAUGAACCAGCAGAACACUCAGGACCUAACUCUGGAUCCAGUCGUCAAAGUGACAGAGAUCCAGGCAAAGACCAAGGAACUUUAUUCAGCGUGCAACCCCGUGUUGUCCAAACCCAAACCUAAGCCCAAGGUGGAGCCUCCUAAGGACACAACGGAGAACGGUCCAGUCAACGGCCAAGAGGCGGCGGAGACGGAGACGUGCAACCCAGACAAAGCCGCCGCGGCGGCAGGCAUGGAGCAGGAAGCAACAGAGAACAAGCUUCCUGAAAUGGACAUCGAUUAAUUGACAGCCAUUUUCCUGUGGCUCCUCAGCUGCGUCUGAAAUCUGCAAAAGUAUCCGCCGCCGCCGCAUCGUUGGUCAUUUUGUUCAUCUCCACAUACUCAGACGACAUUGCUUGGUUUUGGCCGUCAGGAGCAGCACGGUGUUGUUUAUGUGAGUCGUCCUAUUACUCUUGCGCUGAGUCGGCAUGUUCUUCCCGCGCUUGCCUGGGCUUCCUCACGCGGUCCAAAACCUGGCUCAGGCUCAGCCCUGGGUCAUCAGAACCACCACCAGAAAUAAAAGAUUGUUGCGUUCAGGAAGCUUCUCCGAAUGUUUGGUUCAAGUAUAUAUAUAUAUAUAUAUAUAUAUAUAUAUAUAUAUAUGUUCAAAGAUUUCUCAUGUAAAAUGCUGCAGUUGCAACCUUCCAAUGUUGUAUCUCUUUCUGUCAACAGACACUUAAACUUGCUGGGUUCUGUGUUCCGUUAAAAUAGAAAUUCAUUUGUACGGUUUGUUGUAGCUCUUUCUAUCAUGCAGUAUUUCACUGUUUGGCUUUUCUAACUCGAUAGCAACGUCUGUCCAUCAGUAUCCUCGUAUUGUUUUUUUUUCUACUUAACGUUAUUGCUGGUCCGACAAAUCUCCUACAGGGCGGCGCUGUUGUCAACGAAAUAAACAAGACUUGAAACUCUA